UGAUAUUAAUUAUCACCAACAACAUCUCAUCAUCAUCAUCUUCAAACAUGGUUGGUCUCUCUCUCAAACACUGUGUUUGUCAAUGACACUUAAUCACUUGAAAUUGAAACUUGGCUAAUCCACUCUACCAAACAACCCUUGAAGAAGCAAUUAUCACUUUUCUUCACUACCUCAAUUGCCUUCUCACAUUAACUCAAGUAGAACCCCUCCAAAGUUGUACCACAUCCCCUUUUGGAGUGGCCACCAAACUCACCAUUCACAAAACUACUCAAAUGAGCCUUGCAACCCCAAAGUCACAUAGCAUUGGCUCAAAAUCCUUAUUUUCAUUUCAAAAUUAAUUGGUGAUGAGUAAAAAUUAUAUAUGAGACAAUGUUAUCUAAUAAGCAUUACGCAACUGAUAUUUUGAUGGAUGAUGAAGCCAUGCCAAUCCUUUCAUUGCUCCAAAUUCGGAUUUUGAGGCUCAUGUGUUCCGAUCAUAUAAUUUGCUAUGGUGCAUUUCUAUUUCUGCCAUACAAAAUCCCAACAUGGGAACUAAGUUGCGGUGUUUGAGGAACUGACCAUCAACAACAUUCUUCCACUACUACUAGCAUUCAUGAGAUGAGAUCACUCAACUUCAUUUUAUAUUCCAAAUUGAAUUCUCAAACAAUAUUGCAUUGCAGCUACCUUAAUUGGCAACAAGAUUACUCUCAAACAAGAUUCCCUCUGCUGCUUUGGAAAGAAGGUCAAGAGAUUGUUGGCCACACACACUAAAUGUCAUGAUCCGACCGAGUUGCAGACGAAUCUGACCAGAAAAUUUGUUGGAUAAGAGUGAAAAGUGGUGACUAACUUCAUCAUUCAUAUAAUAUAUUCAUAAUCAUAUGGCAAUUUCCCCAUCACUAUUUAUUAAUUUACCCAUCAAUCUUUUAUAACAUUAAUUAACCACAUACAAAUAAGUGUAUAUAGUGAAACGACAUGUCGUAAGAGUAGAAUCUGCAAUUGUAUAAAUAUAUAUAUAUAUGUCGUGUCGUUUUCGGUUAGUGUAAGAGAAAGAAUCAGAGAUUAUUAGAAAGAAGAAGUAAUGAGAGUUCCUCCGGCGGACGAUGAUGGCCGCAAGGCCACCCUCAGCGGCGGAGGUUUCAGAGACGCCGAAGCCCUCUUCCGUUCCAAACCAAUCUCCGAAAUUCGCAAUGCCGAGUCCACCACGCGCUCCCACAUCCAUCACAAGCAAGAGGAGCUCCGUCUCCUCGUCGGCACUCGAUACCGCGAUCUUAUCGACUCCGCCGACUCCAUUCUUCUCAUGAAGCGCUCCUCUCAAGCCAUCUCUUCCAAUCUCUCCUCCGUCCACCAAUCCAUUCUCUCCUUGUCCGAUCACCACCAUCCCCUUGAUCAUUCCAAAACCUCAUCUCUUUCCCUCCACCACCGGAUCUACGCCAUUGCUUGCCGCGUCAAGUAUCUUGUCGAUACGCCUGAGAACAUUUGGGGCUGUCUUGAUGAGUCUAUGUUCCUCGAAGCUGCCACGCGCUACGUGCGCGCACUUCACGUUCAUCUCCUCCUCGAUUCCGCUGAUUCCGACCACCGCCGCUUCCUCUCUCAUUUCCCUCUCCUUCAGCACCAGUGGCAGAUCGUUGACAGCUUUAAGGCACAGAUCUCCCAGCGUGCCCGUGACCGCCUCUUCGAUCGCCACCUUCCGGUUGGAUCUUAUGCUGAUGCAUUGGCCGCUGUCGCCGCCAUUGAUGAUCUCCUUCCCGAUCACGCUCUUGCUCUCUUUCUCGAUUCCAGAAAGUCGUGGGUUUCUCAAACCUUAGCUGCUUGCUCUCCCGAUGCCGAUUGCUCUGCUGUUGUGUCAGUCUUCUGUGAGGUUUUGAGGACAAUUCAGGUAACCGUUGGCCAGGUGGGAGAGCUUUUUCUACGAGUUUUGAGUGAUAUGCCAUUGUUUUACAAGGUUGUGCUGGGUUCCCCUCCUGCAUCUCAACUGUUCGGUGGAAUUCCCAACCCAGAGGAGGAAGUCAAGUUGUGGAAUUCCUUCAGAGAAAAGUUGGAGUCAGUCAUGGCGAUUCUCGACAGGGACUACAUUGCCAAUGCUUGUUCUUUGUGGUUGAGGGACUGCGGGAGAGAAAUGGUUGAUAAGAUCAAUGGCAGAUUUCUGAUUGAUGCCGUGGGCAGUGGCCGGGAACUUGCCUUGGCUGAGAAAUUGAUAAGGGAGACAAUGGAAAGCAAGGAGGUGUUGGAAGGGAGUCUGGAGUGGCUCAAGAACGUUUUCGGAUCUGACAUCGAGCUGCCUUGGAGUAGAAUGCGGGAGCUCGUUUUGGGAGAAGAUUCGGAUUUGUGGGAUGACAUUUUUGAAGAGGCUUUUGUUGGUAGGAUGAAAGUGAUAGUCAGCUCUAGGUUUGGGGAGCUGGCUAGUACGGUGAAAGUUGCAGAGGCUGUUAGCUCUGCUGCCAGUGGUGAUGGGAUUGAUUUCAAAGGUUACUUAAACCGGCCCUUUAAUGGUGGCGGUGUUUGGUUCAUAGACUCCAAUUCUAGGAAGCCAAUGUCUGGGUUAAAGCUAAUUCCUCCUGAAGAGUAUGAGUUUAGGAGUUGUCUUAAUGGCUAUCUUGGUCCACAGAUCAGUGAGAUCAGAGAUGCUGUGGAUAACUGCUGCCAGAGUCUUCUAGAGGACCUUCUGGGUUUCUUGGAAUCUCCAAAGGCAUCUCUAAGGUUGAAGAGUCUUGCACCUUAUCUCCAAUCCAAGUGCUACGAUUGUCUUUCGACUAUAUUGCAGCAACUUAAAGAGGAGCUUCAGUCUUUGGAUGCUGCCAUGGAAAAUGGAAAAGACAAGGAGGAUCGACCCAUUUCUGCUGCUAUAACAGUCGAAAGAGCCCUUUUCAUUGGAAGACUAUUGUUUGCAUUCCUCAAUCAUUCAAAACAUGUUCCUGUCCUACUUGGUCCUCCGAGGUUUUGGGUUAGUGACACCAUGUCUGCCGUUUUUGAUAGGUUGCCCUCCUUGUUAAGGCAAUCUGGUUCUCGUACAGUUGAUGGGUCUGGAAAGCAAACCCGAACUGGUUCUAAGAAACAGACCUCAUCAGCCACUGCUGCAUUGCUUGGAGCUGCUGAUAGUGCAAGCCCCAAACUUGAAGAACUUACUUCCACUUUACGAGAUCUUUGUAUCAGAGCUCACAGCUUGUGGAUAUCAUGGUUGUCUAACGAGCUUUCUAUUAUUCUGGCGCGUGAGCUUGGACAUGAUGAUGCUUUGUCAUCCACAACUCCAUUGAGGGGUUGGGAAGAGACAGUAGUCAAGCAAGAGCAGUCUGAUGAUAGCCAAUCGGAUAUGAAAAUAUUGCUUCCUUCUAUGCCUUCUCUCUAUAUUGUGUCAUUUCUCUUUCGUGCGUGUGAAGAAAUUCAUCGAAUUGGCGGUCAUGUACUUGACAGAACCAUUCUGCAAAAAUUUGCUUUAAGCCUGUUGGAAAAAGUGAUUGGGAUUUAUCAGGAUUUUCUUUCUACCAGAGAAGAGAGUGGAUCUCAAGUCUCAGAGAAAGGAGUUCUGCAGGUCUUGUUGGACUUGAGAUUUGUUGCUGAUGUUCUGUCGGGAGGUGAUUCUGUUUUGAUUGAGGAAUCAUAUAGAGUCCCGAAAGCAAGAACUGCUUUUAGACGGAAGCAGGAUCAAACCCAAACAAAAUCAGUUACUAGAGAGCAUGUUGACCGGUUGAUGGCUCGUCUUUCUCAAAGACUGGACCCCAUAGACUGGCUCACGUAUGAGCCGUAUCUCUGGGAAAAUGAGAGGCAGUCAUACCAACGGAAUGCAGUUCUUUUUGGUUUCUUUGUCCAACUCAAUCGUAUGUAUACAGAUACUGUUCAGAAACUACCUACUAAUUCAGAGUCCAAUAUCAUGAGAUGCUCUUCAGUUCCUCGCUUCAAAUACCUUCCUAUCAGUGCCCCAGCAUUGUCAACAAGAGGGGCAACUAAGGCUUCUAUAACAACAUCUUCAGAAGAUAUCUCGUCAAGAAGUUCCUGGAAAGCUUUUACUAACGGAGAGCUUCCCGACAAGAUUGAUAUGGAUGAUGACUCAAGUUUCGGGGUUGCAACACCAUUCUUAAAAUCUUUCAUGCAGGUUGGAAGCACACUGAAAUUGGGGUCCAUACUUAAAGACGGGCAAGUGGGGAUAUUCAAAGAUAGAUCAACCGCUGCAAUGUCAACAUUUGGCGACAUUCUACCUGCUCAAGCUGCAGGUCUACUUUCAUCAUUCACCGCAUCAAAAUCAGACUCAUGAUUGGCCUUGGAAUCCUUGAAUAAGAAAAGCAUUAUACUUUCCACCUGCUACAUCCAAGAAUGAUGUCUUCUGUUUCACUGGGCGGUAACUGUCAAAGUUCAUCCAGCAGGGCACUAAAUUCCCACCCACCCACCCAAAGGGUAUGAUUUUUUAUGGCAGGGAUGAGAAAAGCUUACAAAAUAAUAAAUUGCCAGUGUUGUUGGGAAUGGAGAGAAAUCCCAUCUUAAAAAAAGAAAUGGUGUUUUGUUUGAAGAGUCAUGUGGGAAUGGAAUUUUGAAUCGAUUAGUUUGGCCGGUGGCUGGCUUGUAUGUAUAUACACUUUAGUAAUCAAAGAUAUAGACGUGCGUGGCUCUACUUGUCCAUUUGUUGAAGAGAAUGAUGUAUAUUUCUUCUUUCUUUCAGCUCUGUUUAAGGGGUAUUCUUUUCUACUUUCAGGUCCUAUUUUUGAAUUUCUUUAUUGGAUUCCUUGAUAUGUAUUGUAUUGUAAUGUAUGGAGAAGAAGAAGGCACUGCAUUUCGUAGUUUUAAA